CUUAAAGUGCACAGUUACACAGUUACGACAGUCAAAAGGCCACGGCCGUUACCUACACAGUAUACUGUAUGUAUGUACAGUGUCGCGACUCGCACCUCACCUGAUUCUUCACGUCAAAAGAUCGAGUGGAGACAGGCCAUAAAGAUUUCGACACUACGGAGUAUAUGAGUAUCCAAUGCUAUUCCAAGUCUCGCCAUGCUUCAUACCUCCUCGUUACUUCCAAUCUCUUACUCUCAACCUCGACAGAAGUUGUGACUACUCUUAGGUACCUACCUAGGUAGCUUAUCCCGCAUAAUCUGCCCUUUUCGCCUCAUUACUCUGUCUUGUGGGAAGGUAGGAUUCAACCCGCCUUAUCUGUGAACAGCGCUAUAGGUAUUUAUAGCGAGGGUGCCAUUAUCUCUUUUUGCCCCCGGGACUGAGAAUUCUCUUUGUUGAUUGUCAGCCAUGUCGAUGCGAAGAGACCUCGAACCUAAAUUCAGUGCUGGGGAGACACUGGAUCCUGGGCUUUCUACUAUCCAGUCUGGUUCGGUACAUGACGAGAAGCCUCAAGAAACAUCACAAAAUGCCAUUUCCCAUGACAGAUAUUCGUGGCAGGGUUUCUGCGAUAUCGAGUCUGAAGCUGCUUACUUCUCGGUCAUGCUUCGCGAAAUGGGCGUUACCGAUGUCACUGUCAAGGAGGUAUAUGUGGUGGAUCCAGACUGUCUAAGGUCUGACCUUCCACAACCAGUUUACGGAAUCGUCAUGUGCUAUCGUUAUCGACAUUUCGACAGCCACAAGCAAACGCAAGCGUGUCCCGAGAUGAUAUGGUUUGCAAAUCAACUUCCUGCCCAAAACAGCUGCGCUACGCUUGCCUUGAUAAACAUUCUUAUGAAUGCAGAGGAUGUUACACUUGACGAUAGUCUAGCAGAGUUCAAGAAAUUCACACAAGAUCUGCCCCCACUUGAGCGCGGCGAAGCUCUCGCUGGCUUUAGCUUCGUUAGGAACGUUCAUAAUUCCUUUGCAAAGAAGAUGGAUAUGCAAGAAGCAGACACUUCGCUUGCACGCAAAGCCCACAGGAAGAAGAAACGCCGCCGAGAGUCUAUGGACACUGACACCUCCGAUGACAGUUUUGAAGAGAAUGCGCAUCAUUUCAUUGCGGUCCUCCCCAUACGAGGCGACGUUUGGAAGCUGGACGGAUUGGAUAAGAAUCCGACCAGGAUAGGUUCUUUCGAUGGCACGGGAGAAAGCACAUGGCUGCGAAGCGCUUGUCAGGAGAUGCAAUCCCUAAUGUCUGCGGCCGGGGACGCUGACUAUACUAUACUGGCUCUGUGCCAGGCCCCGACUGUCAGCCUGCGCCAUAAAUUCAGCCUAGCCCUGGAGACCAUCAAACUUGUGGAGAAGCGCCUUGAUCUUCUUAGUGAGGGCUGGCAAUCUUUCGCUCCCAAUGAGAAUUUCUUGACUCCUGAACUGAUGCAAACACUCGGCGUCGAUUACGCAGCUUCCAAGAGAACUUUUCUAACGGCUGAUACAUCCAACGAGAUCGACAAGUUGAAUGCACAGGAAUUGCUAGCUCGUCGCGACACGCUCAUGACAGAGCAGAGCAAGUUGGUAGAGGGCAUUUUAGCUUGUCUCUCCGCCCAACAAGAUGAAGACCAGAAGGCUGCCGAGCGCCGUUGGGAUUAUGGCCCCGCGAUUACUUUGUGGCUGGAGAAACUUGCUGGAAACGGGCAUUUAGAGGAGAAUCUCCCUAGAUUCAAGAAUGAGACCUAAGACGCUCUCUCUAUGUAUAAGGGCCAGCUCGUAAAUGUUAUUUUCGUUACAACUGCACGCUUUGGCGAUCAUAUUGAGACCUCCUUUUACAUGAUCCAAGUGUGAUUUGAUUGUUUGUGAGUAGUCUAGAAAUCACGCGUUCAUAAGCUUCAACGUAUGACAAAAUAAUGACGCACAUUAAUCCAAAACGAUGAUUGCUGCUCCUACUGUACCCAGACCCAAUCUAUUUCAGACAUAGUCAGGACCACUUGAUAACAUAAUGUAUGGUGUGACCUCGCUGUACUUGGAUUCUCUUAGCAUCAACAC